AUGGCUGAGUUCCAAAAGUCGGCGAGCGACACCGGGAGCUCGGGGGUGCAAAUCGCGCUCCUCACCAAGCGCAUCGAAGGGCUCACCGCGCACUUGAUCAAGAACAAGAAGGAUUACGCCACGCAGCGUGGGUUGAAGAAGCUCUUGGGUCAGCGUAGCCGCCUGCAAAACUACCUCAAAAAGAGAGACUUCAACGAAUACUCCAAGGUCAUGUCGGGCCUCGGGUUGAGAAUGAAGUAA